AUGCAGCUCACACGACCGACGACGGUGGCCAAGCUGCUGCUCCUCUGGGCGUCCGUCGGCGAACUGUGCUCGGCGGCGCCGCACUACGACAGCCCGCGCGAGCGCCUCCGCCGGGGCAUGGACAUCCCCGCGGGCUACCGCAAGAAGACCACGGGCAACCCGUACACGCCGGGCUUCAGGGACCCCAACGACGGCGCCGUCGACUCGGUCGGCGACGGCCUCGACCCGCUGCCCUUCCGCAACGGCCUCGGCGCCUCCGUCCUGGGGCCCUGGAACGCCGAGCGCUCUCGCCAGAACCCGGACCUCGUGCGCCCGCCGUCGACGGACAAGGGCAACAUGCCCAACAUGCGCUGGAGCUUCGCCGACUCGCACAUCCGGAUCGAGGAAGGCGGCUGGACUCGCCAGACGACCGUCCGCGAGCUGUCCACCAGCGUCGAGCUGGCUGGCGUCAACAUGCGCCUCGGCGAGGGUGUCAUCCGCGAGCUGCACUGGCACAAGGAGGCCGAGUGGGCGUACGUGUUGGACGGCGAGGUCCGCGUGACGGCGCUCGACUACGAGGGCGGCAACUUCAUAGACGACUUGAAGAAGGGAGACCUGUGGUAUUUCCCCUCGGGCGUGCCUCAUUCGCUGCAGGGCCUGAGCCCCAACGGCACCGAGUUCCUCCUCAUCUUCGACGACGGCCGGUUCUCCGAGGAGUCGACGUUUAUUCUUUCUGACUGGCUGGGGCGUGCCAUAUGCCUCCUCUCUGCAUGCCACCCAACUGUCUUGCACCCUCCAGCAGACUGGAAUCCCCGACUAACACGCCCUCUCCAAGCCCACACCCCCAUGUCCGUCAUCGCCGAGAACUUCCACCUCGAGCCCGAGGUCUUCAAGCACCUCCCCGAGAGCGAGAAGUACAUCUUCCAGGGCACCCUCCCGGGCCCCAUCGACGAGGAGCGGCCCAAGGGCAAGCACGCCAAGAAGUCGCGCUUCAACUUCACGCACCGCAUGCUCGAGCAGGAGCCCGAGCGGACGUCGGGCGGCGAGGUGCGCAUCACCGACUCGCGGAACUUCCCCGUCUCCAAGACGGUGGCGGCGGCGCACCUGACGAUCCAGCCGGGGGCGCUGCGCGAGAUGCACUGGCACCCCAACGCCGACGAGUGGUCCUUCUUCAUCGCCGGCCGGGCGCGCGUCACCGUCUUCGCCGCCGAGGGCACGGCGCGCACCUUCGACUACGUCCCCGGCGACGUCGGCAUCGUGCCCCGCAACAUGGGCCACUUCGUCGAGAACAUUGGCGACGAGCCCGUCGAGAUGCUCGAGGUCUUCCGCGCCGACGCGUUCCGCGACUUCUCCCUCUUCCAGUGGAUGGGCGAGACGCCCAAGAAGCUCGUCGUCGACCACCUGUUCAAGGACGACAGGGCGAACGGCGAGAGGUUCUGGGACGAGGUCAAGGAGGCCCAGAAGGACCCCGUCACCAAGUUCCAGAGGACCAAGGCUGGUUCUGAUGACGCGCAAAGGGUCGAGGAGUUGUAA